AUCACGGCCCUGCAGCCCUUCGCCCUGCAAAGCAGAGCCAGAGCGGAGCUGAGCACUGUGCACACAGCGCUGCGCGUCCGUUGCUGAGCCCGGAGGCGUUGAGGAAACACCAUGGGCAACUGCGUCCCGGGGAGCCCUGACAUCGUAGCAAACAGAACCUCCUUGAACCUCCUGGACCUCUUCAACUCCUCCUACAACGAAGACUACGCGGACGACCUCACAGACAGCGACGACGAGGACUUUGCGGCCGCAGAGCCGUGCCACAACCACUACUGCCCCUUCUUCCACCGCGCCGCACCGCCGUACCUGAUGGCCACCAGCGCCACCUCCUUCGUGGCCACGGCUGCUCUGCUGCUGGCUCUGUCCCUGCGUCCCCACUCCUGGCCCCACGGCCGCACGUUUGCGGCCCAGCUGGCCGCGUGCUGCGCGCUGUUCGCCCUCACGUCGCUGCCGACGGCUGCGGGCGUCGCUUGGGGGUGGCAGGCGGGCGAGGGGCCGUGCAGGGCUGUGCUGCUGCUGCGGCAGGGCAGCGUGUUGGCACAGGGGCUGCUGCUGGGCGCCGGGUGCUGCGGUUUGCGGGGCCGCGGUUGGUGCAGGGCGGUGGUGCUGUGGGUGGCGGCGGUGGCGAUGGCGGUGCCGGCGGCGCUGAGCGGUGGCGUGGCGGGGACGGGGCCGAGCACGCAGUGCUUGCAUCGCAGCGCGGACGUGGAUUCUGCUGCGCAUCUGCUGCAUCUCGCCGUGUGUUGCUGCGUCCUCCUGCUGCUGCCCGCAGCGCUGCUGACGGCUGCGGCGCUGCGGGGGGUGCGGGGUGAGGUGGGGAGCGGGGUGGGGUGGCUGUUCUGGGUGCUGUGGGCUCCCCACGGGGUGGCGAUGGUGGUGGAGCUCCUGCUGGAGGUGGGGGUGAUGCCGACCGACUGCGGC